AUGCGAAAAACAAUCAAGUCUGGCCGCGCUGGUUGUCGCGCGCGCCUGUGCCUGCCUUGAGAACGCCAUACGCCUGCUCGUGCCUCCACACUUGCGGCGAUUGGAUUAAAACGGGCGUACCCGGCUAGCAUGGAGGAGUGCAAGAAAAGGCAUACAGGGACUAAAGUUUCAAAAAUUGCCAAUAUUUUUCAAGGAAUGCCAUCAAGGGAAGACGAAGAAAUGCGUGGUAGUGAUGUGACAGUUGUGCGAACAGAGAGCCAUCUAACGCGGUUUAAUAAUGCUAGGGCUCUUUUCGAGAAAUUGGGUGAGGAAAAUCGUGGUUUUAGAAUUGAAAAAUCAUCAUCGGCUGCAGCAAGUUUUGCUGGCACCCGUGGUGUUACACCUCCGGCACCAUCACGUUCUCGUUCCAGUUCCGCGGGUUCAGUGAGUCCACCUAGACGUAUAGUUACUCCAACACCUGUGGUAUCAACUACGCUAAAUGGUGAUCGUCUUUCCAAUGGUGCUACCCAACCCCCAGCGAAACCUACAAAACCUAGUGUAUUGCCUAAACCAGAUAAACCUGACAGGCGAUUUAACAAGGAAUUGAUCGAAAAGCAGAAAAAUUGGACUGCCCAUUUUAAUAAAGUUCGACCGCCCCGAGCUGAGCAUGAGCAUAGAGCGGAUCCUAAACAUCAAAUUAGUUAUCAAGAUAAUAAAUCUUUAGAAGUAACGGAGAGAUAUGUUGUUCCUUCGCGCGUGUAUUCUCCGCCCCAGUCACCUGGCGCUGGUGAUUCACAGAUAGAACGCCCUAAUAACUUCCCUUCUAGUUUAAUUAAUCGAAGUGGCACGAAAUCUCCUAGUCCUAUAAAAACAAAUGCUAAUGUGUCUCCUUCAUCUAGAUCUGUUAGUUCACCCACCGCAAGAUCCGAUAUACCUUCGCCCGUAAUAAGAAGGGAAAGUUCAAGUUCACCUGUUAAACCGUGCAAUGAAACAUCUUCAGUUGAACGACUUCUACCGAAAUCCCGAUCGUCAAUUUCAUCUAUAAGUGACAAAGGUGAACUAACAAAAGAAAAAAGUGAUUUAUCGUCAUCUAAACCAAAAGACUAUUUGCAAUCUCCCAAUUCGAUAUCGAAACCAAUAGAACGUAUAUCACCACUAUCAGUGGAUUCUGUGCCUAGAAAAUCUUUAUCUUCGUCCCCACCGAGGUCACCAAAAUCACCACUUAUAUCUGAUUCUCAGGAGGAUUUGAUAGACAUAGAACGAGAAACUCCUUUGUCACAUUUACCUGCCGAAAACGGCCAUAAAUUUACGUCAGACAAUGCUGAUCAAACCGAUUCCCAUUACACGUAUUCGAAUAUUACAAGAUCAUCUAUAUCUCCUACUAUACCGGCUAAAGUAUAUGAAGAAAAUGAUGAAAAAAGUAGUACCGAUCAUUGUUCUCCAGAACCGGUUAACCCAGACAAUUUCGAUAGUGUCUCUGUUUCGCCAAAAUUAUUAGAAACUACUAGUUUAGAAGAGGAUGGAUAUGAAGCGGUGAAUUAUGAUGACCAGUGGGAAGAGAAAUCCAAACGGCGUACAUCAACGCCCGAGUCUCCAGGAUGUGGGGCAGAGACGAGCGCAACAACCCAGUCUCCUAUUGCAUCACCGCUAGCGUCGCCAGUACAUCAUACCGACUCUUCAGCUCCGCCUUCUCUUCACACUUCACCUUCGCCGGUGGGCGGAGGUCGCAAGUCUUCAGAGGCGGAGGAGACGCCGCGGCGGCCUGGUUCCCGUGCGUCAAGUGUGUCGGACGAAGGAGGCUUCAACGAGCCGUCGCCCGAAGUGGUGGCGCGACUUCGGCCCGCCGACUACCGCGAACCGCCGCCGCCGCCGCUCACCCGCGACCACCGGGAUGCUGAACGCGCUCGCUCCGAUCCCGAUACGCUAUCUGUUUUACAACAAGAUUCAGGCGUGGUGGUGAGCGAGGCGAGUCAAGGCUCCAUAGAAGUGCUCGACAAGUCGACCACUAGCCAAUGGAGCGUGUCGGAAGGGGAGAACGCAUCUGGAGAGUGCGGUCGCGAGCCCGAGGCAGAAGCGCGUUGGGACGAUGCCGACGUCGACGCGGACACCAAGCAGCCUGACAGCAUGACGCCGGACGAGGCCGAGAUACUGCUCAGCUCCAGUAUUCUGGAGAAAAAACUUAGGCAAGAACCGCUGCUGUCAGAUGAACAGGCGCAAGAGAUAGUGGCGAUGCUGUCGCCACACACUUUGCCCCACGACAAUGGUGUAUCGCUCAAUGACAGCUACCAGUCUGUACUCUCCUAUGAGAGUAUGCAGUCAGUGGAUGAGAGCUAUGAGUUUGUUUCGCUUGAGGCGGACAACGGUAUGGCCGGCGGAGAUCGCAAGCUGCCGCACGAGAGCGCGCCCGAUCGUGAACCCGAGCCUGACCGCGAGCCCGAGCGUGGGCCCCACACGGGGACCGAGCCCGAGCCUGAGCCAGAGCCGGAUUCAGGGACUGUGUUUGAUUAUUAUCCGCCACGGUCUCUGCGAGAACUCGGGGAAGAGAACGGAAUACAUUAUUUUGAAGACGGACAUUUUUAUACAGAGAUGGCCGGUCUCCCACCUAUAGAAGAAGAUGAAGACGAUGAUUAUUAUCCUCCAGUAUUAGUUAAGAAAAAUACCAAAGUCAAAUUUAGUACGAACCCAAUGCGCGUAUUUUCGACUCACUCGAUAAAUGAAUAUGACCGUCGUAAUGAGGACGUGGAUCCAGUGGCCGCGUCAGCGGAAUACGAACUAGAAAAGCGAGUUGAGAAGAUGCACGUAUUUCCUGUCGAUCUCAUCAAGGGUGCUGAUGGUCUCGGACUGUCUAUCAUCGGAAUGGGAGUGGGUGCUGAUGCUGGACUUGAAAAACUCGGUAUUUUUGUUAAAACCAUUACUGAAAGCGGUGCCGCUGCAAGAGACGGUCGCAUACAGGUCAACGAUCAGAUUAUUGAAGUUGAUGGCAAAAGCUUGGUUGGCGUAACGCAGGCGUACGCUGCGUCCGUGCUACGUAACACGUCGGGGCCUGUCAAGUUCCUCAUCGGCCGCGAGAAGGAUCCCGAGAAUAGUGAAGUCGCCAAUCUCAUUCGCCAGUCGCUCAUUGCCGAUAAAGAACGCGAGGAGAGGGCGGCACGCGAUCGUCAACGUCGUCUGCAGAGCGAAGAAGAGGAUAAUCAACAGACGGCCGCGGAUUCCGUCGCGCAGGCUAGACAUCCGGAGAUAAAUGAGCUGAGGGCUUUGCUGCACGAGCUGGUGGGCAUGGAGGCGGGCGGCGGCAGCAGCGCGGAGAUCAGCGGCCGCGUGCGCGCCUGGAGCUCGCAGCGCGCGCCCGACGACCAGCUGCGGCACGCGCUCAACGCCGCCGCCGACUCCGCGCACCGCGCCCAGCGGAAAUACGACAAGGCGCGGCGCGCGCUGCGCGGGUGGCGGCGCACGCGCGCGCUGGUGCGGGCGCGCGAGGAGUGGUGGAGCGGCACGCUGCGCGACGCGCACCGCGAGUACACCGCCGCGCUCUCCGCGCUGCACGCACGCGUCGCGCGGCUAGAGGUGCUGCUGCAGGAGACCCAAAAGAAAGCAGGCUUACCGGUGAUGUUGCCGCAUGAACCAUCGGCUCGGCGAGAGACUCCACCAUUACCGCGUCGGCCUGACCCUGACCCGCUUCUUAUAAACGAUCCGUGGAGCUCUGACAGCGAUCUCUCUGACUUAUCUCCUAUUGAGGACGAGUACGCAAAGGUAGACAAGUCAGAUCGCCGACGGGAGGCUCCAGAUAUUGGUGACGUCACCGCUACAACCGCAGAUCACAAGGCUGCCGUCAGUACUGUCACCACUGACGUCACCAGCAGCGCUUCGGAUCCGGUGUUGGUACAAGCUGUCAAUACUGCGGCGAAUGUACCUAUUACGACUACGCUGGCUACAACAACGUCUGAUAAAGUCGCGUCGUCAGUAACUCCGAGUUCCGGCGGCGAAAUCGUGACCGGCGUGUCCGUGAGCGCGCUAGUGGCGGCGGCGGCGGGCGGCGUCGCGGCGGAGACGGCGGCGGCGCGAGAGUUGGAUGCGGCCGUGCCGCGCGGCGCGCUGCUCGACACGUCGGCGCACCGCGCGCGCACCGACCUCGCGCGCCACCGCCACCACGCGCCGCACUCGCCGCACUCGCUCAGCAACGCCAGCUCGUACGACGGUCUCGAUGAUUCAUAUAACGAUUCUGCUGACGAGUCUCUUAGUGAAUCGACAUCAGGCGCACCACCGAACACCGGACACAGUACUCGGGAAACUCGACAAAGUUGUGGCAGUUCAGUCGGCAGUGGGACCGACGACGGCAUAUAUUCGAGAGACCACAGACACCAUCAACUAACAGGUCCGGCGGCGUCGCUCGCGGAGCAGCUGAAGCAAGUGUUGGCGGAGCGCGAGCGGCGGCUGGCGACCGGCUCGUCGCCGCCGCAGCCCGACCCCGUGCAGCUCACCAACGACCUGGUCGACGAGAUCCGCCAGGCCGUCAGCGAGGCCAACGCCAGAGUGAAGAAAGCUCCGGCUUGCGUAGUCGGCGGCGAGGUGCCGUGGCAGCCGCUGUCGACGGCCGCGUCCGAGGCCAGCCUGUCGCCGCCGCCGCCCGGCCUCGCGCCGCAUCCCAUCAACCAGUGGACCAAGCAACAGGUAUGGCAGUGGGUGUCCGGCUUAGGUGACGGGUUGGAACGAUACGCGGGCGCGUUCGCCGCGCGCGGCGUAGACGGCGGACUGCUGUUGGCACUCAGCUCCGCCGACCUGAAGUUGCUCGGGCUGCCAGGUGACGACCGCCGCCGUAUGAAACGCCGCCUCAAGGAACUUCGUAGCGCGCACGAGAAACACCUUAAAGCACUAAAAAAGGCUGAAAAGAAAGCUAAGAAGAAGUAGACGCACUCCCACCGACCUCGCCGAGACGUCGCUCCUUGUACUAUUACAGGUCUUAGUGCGUGGCCACAGUAUGUUAAACGUAGUGGCGACGUCGGAUAUUGACCUAUCAAACGUAUAAAAUUGUAGCCCACAGUGCAGUUGUAAGGCGGUACUCUAGUGCGACUGUAUUAUACUCUGUUCCUUAUUUUUUUCCUUCCUUUAUUUUUUUGAACAUUUACAGUGUAAAUCUUACUAUCUUUUAUAUAAUCUUAUAUAUUCCUGGCUUGACGCUAAUGUUUCCUAAUUUAAAAAAGAAGUUAUUCUUGCCGCGGAAUAAUAUCCGCUAAUGACGAAAUUACAACUUAGUCUAAUAAAAUCUUAGCUAAAUAUUUAUUUCAGUUAAAAUACAUUAAUAUCAUUUUGGUCUUGUACCAAAAUAUUAUGCAUUAGUUAAUUUAUCCUGUAAUUCGCGUACUCGUAACAACUGACAACGCACUGUGGGACCGUGAUGGCCUCGCCACAGGCCAGUAACUUGCCAAUUGAGCGUUCCACGAGCCACGCCCUUCGACUUUUGAGAUCGGUGGUAUCGUGUACCGUCCGACA